UGAAUAGGGCUUCACAAAGGGAUAAUCAUCUUCAAGUGCCGGAAAGAAGAAAAAAAAAAAGCAGCAGCGUCAUCUCUCAAUACCAGAGGCGGCAACUCCACGCCGAGGCGACCAUUAGCAGAAGAGUUGAAGCCCAAAGGUACUGGGAGAUGAUUCUGAAUGGCUGUACUUCUAUAAAUUUUGGGGCAUAUAAGCCCCACCCUUGUGGCUCUGUUUCUGCUCGCAUUCCUUGUUCAUCUGCAUUAAGAAUCAGUUCUCGGGGGACUUCUUUGGCGUCUAAACCAUCGUCGCUUAAUGGUGUGCCUACAUUGCAACUUUCUGCUUUGGCAUCCCCACUUUUAGGUGGGAACCUCUGUGGUUUAUUGCAUACAAUCCCUGAUAUACCUAGGCGGCACAGAUCUCCUUUACCCCCUCGAGCAGCAAAGGAUGUUCCAUCCAGUUUCCGGUUCCCUGCGAUGACUAAGAAACCAAGAUGGUGGUGGAGGACUUUAGCAUGCCUUCCCUACUUAAUGCCUCUUCAUGAGACUUGGAUGUAUGCUGAGACAGCAUAUAAUCUACACCCUUUCUUGGAAACCUUUGAAUUUAUGACCUACCCGUUCCUCGAAGCCAUUGGGAGUUUGCCAAGUUGGUUCUUGAUGGCAUAUUUUCUGGUCGCAUACCUUGGAAUUGUGAGGAGAAAGGAAUGGCCUCAUUUUUUCAGAUUUCAUGUAGUGAUGGGAAUGUUACUGGAGAUUGGUCUACAGGUGAUAGGGACGAUCAGCCGUUGGAUGCCGCUGGCCGUGUACUGGGGUAAAGUGGGUAUGUACUUCUGGACUUUCAUGUCAUUCGGCUACCUCUUUACAGUCUUGGAGUGCAUUAGGUGUGCUCUUGCUGGUAUGUAUGCAGACGUUCCUUUUGCUUGUGAUGCAGCAUACAUCCAAAUCCCCUACGACUAAUGACAGAACAAUAGCACACUCUUUGUUGCCGCUCCAUGUUGUUGGUUUUCUUCAUUUUCUGUGAGAAACUUGUGUAGAAACAACUGUUUUUAUCUUGAAGGAUUGCUUUGCAAGAUUGUAAGACGGCUUAUAUUUAGUGCAAGUGUCUUCUACA